CACAGGAGGUAGCUCUCCACACGAGUUCUGCCCACAGCCCCUCCCCAAACCCGACCACCUUCGAUCCCGGAAUCGAGCCUCUCCAGGCGCCCUGGCUGCGUCCGGCGGCGCGGCUCCGGGCUGAAUUGGUGAUGCCUGGGAGUCGCGGGCGCCUGCGCAGUGGGGAAGGCCGUGCUCUGCGGAGAGGCUGAGGGAGGUAACUCCAAGAGGGCCGCGGCAGGCUUCUGGCUGUUCUACCCGGCCCGUCGCGCGAUGGCGGAGGAGGAGCUGGAGGCUCUGCGGAAGCAAAGGCUGGCCGAGCUGCAGGCCAAGCAAGGGGACCCUGGCGAUGCAGCACAACAGGAGGCAAAGCACAGAGAAGCAGAAAUGAGAAACACUAUCUUAGCCCAAGUUCUGGAUCAGUCAGCCCGGGCCCGGUUAAGUAACUUAGCACUUGUAAAGCCUGAAAAAACUAAAGGAGUAGAGAAUUACCUUAUACAGAUGGCAAGAUAUGGACAGCUAAGUGGGAAGGUAACAGAACAAGGUUUAAUAGAAAUCCUUGAAAAAGUAAGCCAACAAACAGAAAAGAAAACCACAGUUAAAUUCAACAGGAGAAAAGUGAUGGACUCCGAUGAAGAUGACGACUAUUGAAUUUAGGGUGCGUAGGCACUGGAACUGCACGGGACAGUUGCAGGACAGAUAAUACUUGGCAGAAGCUAAGAUCUGAUUGAAUGUUUACCUUGUUUACUGUUUAUAUACCUUUAGAAAAAUAAACUUGUUAUGUAAAAUAAAAA